CCCGAGCUGAAGAGAGGAAGAAGCGUUAGCUAAGCAAUGCUGUCACGGUUCAGAAGCCCAUUGCGUACUCUGGCGACGAGUGCACAGCACUCGUCCACUGUGAUUGGAAUCGACCUCGGCACGACGAACUCUGCCGUUGCCGUGAUGAGAGGCUCCGAGCCCACAAUCAUCGAGAACGAGGACGGUGCUCGUACAACGCCGUCGAUAGUUGCGAUAGACAAGUCUGGUGAGGUGAUAGUUGGCGGUGCUGCGAAGAGACAGCUGGUGCUGAACACGGAGAACACGUUCUACGCUACAAAGAGGCUCAUUGGCCGGAAGUUCACGGACAGUGAGAUCAAGUUCGACAUGGCUCAUGUUCCAUACAAGAUUGUUGAGAACGACAACGGGGAUGCGUGGGUAGAAGCGUUUGGCCAGCGUUAUAGUCCGUCACAGAUAGGUGGGUAUGUGUUGAAUAAGAUGAAGGAGAUCGCGGAGGUGGGCCUGGGAGAGAAGAUCAAGAACGCUGUUGUCACGGUGCCUGCCUACUUCAACGACUCUCAGAGACAGGCCACCAAGGACGCGGGACAGAUUGCCGGCCUGAACGUGCUGCGAGUGGUGAACGAGCCUACUGCUGCUGCGCUGGCGUAUGGGCUGGACAAGUCCAACGACGGUAUCGUUGCUGUUUUCGACCUUGGUGGCGGUACUUUUGACAUUUCCAUCCUGGACAUCGAAGACGGAGUCUUUGAAGUCCGUUCGACGAACGGUGAUACCCAUUUGGGAGGCGAGGACUUUGACAUCUUGCUGGUGCAGUACAUUCUGGCGUACUUCAAGGAGAAGAGUGGCAUCGACAUCUCGUCAGACCGUGAAAAGGUUCAAAGAGUCAGAGAGGCAGCAGAGAAGGCCAAAAUCGAGCUAUCACACGUAAAGGAAACCACCGUGGAUAUACCCUUUAUCCAUGAGAAUCACCAUAUAUCUUUCAAACUGACUGAGCAGCAGCUGGACGAGAUGACGUUGCAUCUCAUCAACCGUACCAUCGAGCCCGUCAAGCGUGCGCUGAGGGACGCAGACCUCACCAAAGACGACAUCGAUGAAGUCAUCCUCGUUGGAGGCAUGACGAGAAUGCCCAAGAUCAGAAGCACCGUGCACAGUAUCUUUGGCAAGCCGCCGUCCACGAGCGUGAACCCUGAUGAGGCCGUGGCGCUUGGUGCCGCCAUCCAGGGCGGCGUGCUCUCUGGAGCCAUCAAGGACGUGUUGCUGCUGGACGUCACUCCCUUGACCUUGGGCAUUGAAACCUAUGGCGGUGUCUUCUCGCCGCUGAUUCCACGUAACACGGUUGUUCCUGUGAAGAAGACCGACAUCUACUCCACCGGUGUUGACAACCAAACUGGCGUUGAGAUCCGAGUAUUCCAAGGUGAGAGAGGGCUCGUCCAGGAUAACAAGCUCAUUGGUCACUUCAAGCUGAGUGGCAUCCCUCCAAUGCCAAAGGGAGUGCCGCAGGUGGAAGUGUCGUUCGACAUUGAUGCCGAUGGCAUCAUCAACGUCAGUGCCCGGGAGAAGGUGUCGGGCAAGGAGACGUCGAUAACCGUUGUUGGCAACUCAGGGCUAACAGAAGCUGAGAUCCAACGUAUGGUUGAAGAAGGAGAGAGGUACAAGGAGGAGGACCAGGUCAAGAAGCGCCGUGUCGGCGCAGCAACAGACGUUGGGCUCGUUGUCAGAGAUACAGAGGCUGCCAUCGACUCAUUCCCAGAGUACAUCAAGGAGGAUGAAGGCUACGACGAGAUGAUGAGCAAGAUCCAGGAGGUGAAGUCGCAGGUCCAGCUCGCACGGGACGGAGGCGAGGUCACCGUUGCUGACCUGAAGAGGCUAUCACAAGAACUACAAGCAGCAUCGAUUGAGGUGUUCAAACGUGUGGCUCAGAAGCAGAGGGGCCAACAGCGCUAGCGUGUGUAUGUAAAUAGAGGCUCUUGCCACCCACCACAGUGCUCCUUCUACAGCACUAUGAUAGCAAAAUGAUGACGAUACUCAUAUA